CGCAAUGUCGACUCGCAAAAGUGCGUCCAGUGCCAUCCGCGAAUCUCCAUUGCCUUCGCCGAAGACCUCGAAACGGGACGCCAGUGCGCGCGACAUUGAUGCAGCGCCACAGCCAAACUCUCCGUCUAGAAGAUCGAAACGCUUAAAGUCAGACGUGCCGGAAGCUUCGAGCCUGUCUCAGGUUAACGGGGACGUGAUUGAACCCAAAUCGAAACGUUCACAGGCUUCGCGAAAAAUGGUGGAAGCAGAAGUUGAAGAGGAGUCGGAACUUUCGAUUAGCGUCAAGACUGAAAAAAACGGCGCAGUUAAACAAGAGGAACCGGAAGUAGUAACGGCGAAGACAACGAAGAAAAGGAAGACAAAAGCAGAGAAAGAAGCGGAAGUCAUGCCAUUGCGACCUAGGACACAAGGACUGCGGAUGUUCGUGGGCGCUCAUGUUAGCGCAGCGAAAGGUGUCUUCAAUGCCGUGAAUAACAGUACGAAGAUUGGCGGAAAUGCGUUUGCCCUGUUCCUUAAAUCUCAGCGGAAGUGGGACAAUCCUGCUUUGCAGGACGAUCAGAGGGACCAAUUUUGCCAGUCUUGCUCGGAACAGAAAUACAACGCAACUAAACAUGUUCUCCCCCACGGCUCGUACCUCGUCAACUUGGCGCAGGAGGAUAAGGCCAAAGCUAAGCAGGCGUACAAUUCAUUCCUCGACGACCUCCAACGCUGCGAGGCACUCGGAAUCAACCUCUACAAUUUUCACCCCGGCAGCGCCGGCCAGACAACCCUCCCUUCUGCCCUAACUCGUCUCGCGAAAGCCCUCACCAACGCCCUCGCCGCGACCUCGACUGUAACCCCCAUCCUCGAAACAAUGUGCGGCCAAGGAACUACAAUAGGUGGCUCCUUGAACGAGUUCCGGGACAUCAUUGCUCAGAUACCCAAAGAACAUCACUCCCGCGUCGGCAUCUGUAUUGAUACAUGUCAUAGCCACGCUGCCGGUUACGACCUCGCCACACCCGCAGGGUUCAAGGCGUUUCUGAAGGAAUUCGAUGAGGUUAUUGGUCUACAGUUUCUCCGCGCCCUACAUCUCAACGAUUCCAAGACACCACGGGGUAGCCACCGGGAUCUCCAUGCAAAUAUCGGAACGGGCUUUCUGGGUCUUCGGGCGUUCCACAACAUCAUGAACGAGCCAACUUUCGAGGAUAUGCCCAUGAUCCUUGAGACCCCGAUUGACAGGCCAGUAUCGGAUACCUCUAAACCACCUACCACCAACACUUCUGCCACCGCAGCGCACGAAGCCUGCGCAAGCGAAGAUUCUGAAUCCGACCUCUCCGAACCCGAAAAACCCCCCAAAAAGCCCAAGAGCAAGGCCAAAAAGCCUACAGCUCGCCUCAUCGCCGAUCCCAGUGUCUGGGCCAACGAGAUCUCACUUCUCGAAUCUCUCAUUGGGAUGGAUCCCGAGUCCUCCGAAUUCCGCUCACUCGAGGUGAAGUUAGCAGAUGAUGGGAAGGAGAUGCGUGAGAAGCAUCAGGAACAGCAUGAUCGGAAAGUAGAGACGGAGGAGAAGAAGAAAAAGAAAGCGGUUGAAAAGGGGCAGAAGUCGUUGAUGGAUAUGAUGAAGGGCUCGUCGGCUGGGAAGGGGAAGAAGAAAACGGCGGAUUCGUGAUGAUAAUGAUCGACGCCCAGUGAGGGCUCAGCAUCAGUGAAUAGUCACGUCGACUUAUUUCCGACAAACUUCGACCUUUUCGUCCAUCUAUACCUCGUAUUUGGUACAUAAUUUAAAGAGACACCUUUCCUGUUCUGCGAACCACUGAAUGAGCAACACAACCAUUUCCACAUAUGCUCAUUCUCGAGCCUCCAAAUGUCAACCAUGUUUUG